AUGGUCAUUACAGGGCUUUGGGGGACUGCAUACAGUUUUAUGGCAUUCUUCCCAUGCUUUCCGCCUAGUGCCUACUGGGACCUCAGUUUCGACAAGGAAGGACUUUGCUAUGGAUAUGGUGCGCUCACUCCCGACGAAUUCUACGCGACAUAUUCUAGCGCCUCGUAUAGUAAUAUGUUUCUCGAUAUCAUCAUUCUCGCCAUUCCGAUUCAUCUAUACUUCAAGCCGGGCACAGAUACCAGGUCCAAGCUAGGUCUUUUGGGUGUCCUCACAAUGGGCGGACUCACCAAUGGUCUCGCCAUCUGGCGUGUCGCCACCAUUGUCGAACACAAGGCCGCGACUUAUCCUACGCUUGACCCGACGUGGUACGGCCCGAUCAGCAUUCUGCUCGCGAGUUGCGAGGUUGAUUUAGCCACCAUCUGUGCAUCGGUGCCUGUAUUUUGGCCCGUAUUGACAUCCAGCCUGGACCGCAUCUUUAUUACUCGGGAGAUUAAGAUCGAAAGGAAUCACAGGUUCUCCUCCAUAGACGAAAACCACAGGUCCUCCUCCCUAGAGAGGAUCCAUCGAUUUUAUUCGCUCGGUGAUUCCGAGGCUGGCCGGCCACCCAGUGUGCUCACCGAAUGGGGGGCAUUUUGCGCAGAGCACAGACGGGAGUUUCUGGAGCUGAAAGAGGUCAAGGCAAACUACAAGAAUGAACAUUACAAGGACAGCUAUGUCAUCGCUCAGGUCGACCCAUUGAGCGAUGAAGGAAAGGUCGAGUCCAGUGUCGUAGCUGAACGACCAAAGAAGAGGCAUCCGAAUUGGAUAUGA